AUGGAUGGAAAUAUCUUGGAACUAGAGAACCUGCUGAUCCGUUUGAAAAAUUAGAUAAGAGCUCAAUAAAAAAUAUUUUGGAUGAUUAGACAAGCCUAUUUAAUAAAUAUAGAGUAGUUUAUUAUUUAAGAAAUCAUCCUGAAACUUAUUUUUAUAAAAUUGAUCAAUUAUCAAUAAGUAAUAAGCUUGUAUAACCAGAUGUAGAUUUAAAAUAUGUUAUAAUUUAGAUUUUUUCGGUAAUUGGUUAAGUUGGGGUGGCACCAAAAUCAACAUGA